ACCAACGAAUAAAUCAACCAAAUAUGUUGUAGUACAACCCAACUUGAGGAGAGAGAAAGCAGAUUCCCUUAGACGCGGUAUUUCCACAUUAUUAAAUCCUCCAACAUUUAUCAAAAAAAACCCUCUGUAUCAUCUUCUUCAAAAACCCAGAUAUUCAACGUUCAAUUUUUUCAUCUUUUGCUAUAAAUUAAUCAUCAUCUCAAUUUUUCUUUCGAUUUUGUCAUCUGGGUAUUCUUUAUUUUUGCUGCAAACUUAUUCUUUUGAUUUGUUAAUGAGAUAGAGAAGAGGAAAGGAGGAGAGAGAGAUAAUGGGGUGUGCUUCCAGUAAAAAAGCGGAUUCUAAAGCUAAUAGAGUUGCUCGUUGGCGUUCUACUGGCAUUGUUGCUCUUCGUGACUCCAAAUUAAAGACAUUUCCGGAUGAAGUUCUUGAGCUUGACAGAGUUGUACGCACUGUGGACUUAACACACAACAAAAUAGUUGAUGUUCCAGUAGAAAUCAACAAGUUGAUCAACAUGCAGCGCCUGAUUUUAUCAGAAAAUCUUAUCGAAUGCCUUCCAAUGAACCUGGGGAAACUUCAGUCACUAAAAGUAAUGACACUUGACGGGAAUCGGCUUUCAGGAUUGCCUGAUGAAUUGGGUCAACUGGUACGGCUUGAGCAGUUGUCAGUAUCUCGGAAUGUGUUGACAUACUUACCAGAGACUUUAGGGAGUCUUAGGAAUUUAAAGCUCUUAAAUGCAUCAAACAACCAAUUAAAAUAUCUUCCUGAAUCAAUCGGAAGUUGCUUUUCACUCGAGGAGCUUCAAGCAAAUGAUAAUUCCAUUGAUGAUCUUCCUCCUUCAAUUUGUAAUCUCGUUCACCUGAAAUCACUUUCUUUGGAUAACAAUAAAGUUAAAGAGAUGCCUGCAACUAUACUCAGAGACUGCAAAGUUCUGCAGAGUAUUUCCUUGCACAACAAUCCCAUUUCCAUGGAUCAGUUCGAACAGAUGGAAGGUUUCCAAGAAUUUGAGGCAAGGCGGAGAAAGAAGUUCGACAAACAAAUCGACUCAAAUGUGAUGAUGAAUUCAAAGGGUAUGGAUCAGGGAGUUGAUACGUGAUCCUGUGUAUCCUGUACUGAGUUUGAUGAAAUCUUGGUUGUCAAACAAUGUUAAGCUGUGAUAAACCUUUGAGGCAAAUAAAUAUGAAUGCCUCGGGUUUUAUUUCUCCAGUUAAAUCUAUCCUGUCGCGUCCAGUCAUCUGUUACAACGGUGAAAUGGCCCCUGUAAAUGACAGUAAUUUUUUCGGGUAAUUUUCAUAAAAUGAUCGUCUUCUGGUGUUCCAACAUCGAAAGCUUUAUAUUGUGCAGGUGUGUAUAUAACUAUAGGGGGACAUAGAGAGAGAGGGCCGAGGGGUACCUUCGUAAAUUGUUAUCGAGUACUUGUAACCACAGGAAGUUUGAAUACAUUGAGUUUGCAUAUUGCAUGUUUUUGUUUAAAGUGUUAAUACAAGUUUUAUUGGCGUUCUUUGCAUCUAUUA